AUGACCGCCAAACUCAACAUCUUUGUGCGUGAGGAGAAGAUCUAUACCUCCCUCAACGCAUCUUUCCUUCCCAACAAUAUUCCUCACGAGCCAGUCUGGGACCCCCGGGACGAUCAUGACUCAUCUCCGGACGACAGCACUUCACCCCUCACCACUCGCUGGGCGUAUGCAGCUUGUCCAUGGUUUCCUCUCGUCCCCUUGAAUCCUAACUUUGAUGGUCCCAUAUUUGAGUGUCUGAACCACUCGAUGUUUUCCCUUUACACAGAGGAAAAAUGGCGCGAACUAGAGCAGAAGUUGCUCUGGUGCCAGGAGCUUUUGGGAGCUGGACUCCUAAUUCCAUGGGGCACUGUGCUUCCACGCGCUCCCUCUCAAUAUGGGUACCUAAGGUCUCACUCAGACGCGAAGCUCGCUAAGAAAGUCACACUGAGAUUGCGCAAUGCAUUCCUACUAAUUGCUGCUGCGUGCUCAUGGCACAUCAUGAGCCGUCUAUAUCACAGGUCGAACCAUCCUUGGAUGGCUCUCCUAAUCGACAACCCCAGAUGCCCCAUACCAGCCGAAUGGGUUCACGAAUUAUUGCGUUCGUUUGUCGGAGAUAUAUCGGCCAAAGUUCCACGCACCAGCGUCUUUAUAUCAUCCUCUCAUUGCCCUUGGGAGCUACAGCUCCCUAUAUUCGAACACUUCUCAAUCCCGGUCUGGGUUCACUGCAAGCAGAACAACUCUGUGUUCGACGUGAAGCUGCGUCAUUAUCACCCGCCCAAAGAAGCUGUCACACGUGCAAUUGAGGUGCAGCGCGUAAGUAACAACACCUGGGGUCAGAAUGAUGACGCGUGGGGUAAGCGGGAUGAUGGAACUCAGAGCGGGAGUGCCCUUGGGUGGGAUGCCAAUGCAACUCAGCCCGCCCUUGGAUGGGGAACCGCACCUGAGGCUCCUCAAGUGGAUCCUCGCUUUCCGGCCCCUCAACGACUCAGUGGCCAAAAGUCGGGAGAAGAUUGGAAGACUUUCUUUACGCGGUGCCGCGAGGAAAAUUGGAAGAAGGAGGAAAAAGAAUCCCCUGCUCAACGGCAAUCGCGUGAGAGUCAGGAAUGGGCAGUGAAGAAUCACAGUCUUCCUGGAAAGUCCAGUACGGCCACGGUAUUCAAAUGGCAACCUCAAGACAAGUUUGAGGGCUUUUUAUUAUGCAUCCGCCUCACGAAGGCUGAGGUACCGGGAACUUGGGGGAACUACAGCAACUCUACCAGGCUGUAUGACUCAUUCAGAAAUGAGUGGGACUUGUGUGACCAGCUGGAUCCCACCAGCACCCCCAACAGCGACUGGGAAGGAGCCCCUUCAGUGACAAAUUCUGUAUUAUACGGGCCACCCGACCUACAUAAUAUCCCGUAUCAGAUGGGCCAGCGGACCAUGGGCCCAUGUUGUGUAUAUCCUCGAUGACAACGGAUGGGCCGGGUAACAUAUUAUUUCUGAUGGAGACGGGUGGGCCCAUGCAUGCCAAUGAUAUAUAUAUCCUUGAUGUUGACGGAUGGGCCGGGGGAAUAUGAUCAUUCAUGGAGAUGGGUGGGCCCAUCUGGGUAAUAUGUAGAGUAGGAUAUUAUAGACAGCUGGGCUGAAGAGAGAUGUAAG